GCGCUGACAGGUUUUGCGUACGCUUGACGUCUCCUCCUCUCUCUCUCUCUCUCUCUCUCUCUCUCUCUCUCUCUCUCUCUCUCAUUUAUCUCCGUACCGUCUCCAUCCAUCCUUCCAUCCCCCAUCUCCUCUCCUCAGACCACGCAGAAAGAAGGAAGCCCUCCUCUGGGAUGGAUUUAUAAACUCGCGGCUGAGAUGGACGCCUGAUCUGAGGGAUGGAGUCUUUUCACCUGUUUCUCGCCAUCCUCGCGCUUCGGGCAAGUCUCGCCCCCGCGGCCGACCACAAAUUCGGCUGCCUGUUUGAGGAUGGUCUGUGUCUGAAAUAUGAAGUCUGUUUAAAUGAUGGCAUGUUGGGCCGCUGCGAGGCUGCUCCUCUAACAAACGUCUACACGUAUGACGUCACUCCCGCAACGGUGCAGAGAUUGCGAAACCUGCUCCAGAGACUGGCACACAGAGGUUUGUCUUGGGAGGAUGAUGUCACGCAGCAGAUUUUAUCGAAUGAGUUCUCCAAACUACGCCGAGUUUCCCUUCCGUUACCGGAGCCUAGGCCGAAGGGUUAUGAGAUUGCUUUUGGAGACAGAAGAAUGAAAUCAUCAUCAGAUGCUGAGGUUAAAAACACACUGAAAUACCUGCAGCACCUGUUACUGCUACCAAAAACAGCACUGCACAAGGGGGCGGAGCUUCAGUACUAUCGCUCUGGAAAGCCACGCCCUGAAAGUGACUCCUCCCCACCUGAGUUUAUUCCUGAAGUGCCGUAUCAGUCAAAGUCUUACCCGGACCUCAGCCGAUACCAGAGUGAUGCCACACAAGCUCCCCUGCAGGAGGAGAAAUCUGACCUGCUCAAAGCAGCUCUUCAGAAAUAUCUGUCCAAGACCAAACAACCUGAUGUGGGAGAAACAUCCAGAGCAGACCGGAUCUUCCUAAAAGAUGGACCAGCAAAGCCUUCUGCUGGUGACCCUCUUACUCCUGUUGAUGAGUCCUUUAUCUGGAAAGUUCUGCGAAACGUGGGCCGGCACAGUGUGGAUGUGAAGAGUUUAAAGUCUGGGGAUCUGGAUAAGCUUGCUGUCCUCAUCGCAGAUGCUCUGCAGGUGGUGGAUCAACAGGCCGGUCAGGCAGAAACACCCAGAGACCUGGACACACAGCAGGACCCGGAAGAUGAGACAGAAGAUGUGCAAUAUCAGGACCAGCAGCCUGAAAGCUACUCAGAGGAGCAGACCCCUGAAGACAGUGCACAGAAAGAGGUGGAAAGUCCUUCAGUCACUCAAAAGACUGUUCAAACCAUCCCAACUGUGACAGAGAGACAGACAUUAGAGGAGGAGAAGAGAACUAUGGACAAUAAGGUAAUAACAGUGUUGCUUUAAUCAGGCUGCAAACACACAAGCAGAC